AUGCUUGACGUUCUUCAUAGGGAACCAGCCACAAAUGAGGGCCGAACUACUUCGCGACUGGCUAUUAUGCCUAAUACAAUACUAAAAACCAAUGAUGUACAGAUGAACGACCGAACUGGACUGGUUCAGCUUGUGGAAGGUCAUUUUGAUGCCUCUGAAUGCGAUAAAACUAAGAAAUGCAUUUUUUCACCGACAGGAUGUCAUCAGGGUAACGAGCCGGUGACUCAAUGUGUCUUUCCGAAAGACGGAAAGCCAACCGCACAUUUUAGUUUCAAUGUCGGCAAAAGCAACAAUCCAGUCACUGACCCAUCGGAUGUGGAGGCUGAGAAGAAGAAUCUGAAACUCCUCCAUGCUCAUAAAGGAGACGACGGCAUGUAUUGCCAUUUAAGGCAAAGAAGCAACACGAUAGGCAGUCAGUUUGUUCCGGAUCUUAACAGAACGCUGUACGUAUUCAUUGCAAAAGGUCCGGCAGGCGAUCCAAGAGCAAUUGGUAUUCAUGGACUCGAUCCGAAGUUGCCAACCUUCCCCUAUAUCCAUCCCCAGCCGGUGAACCUCGUCGAAGUUGUGAAGAGAGAAGCAGCGCAUCCUCCUGAAGCAGCGCAUCCUCCUCCUGCCAAGAAAGAAGUGGUUUUUGAUUGUAGGUCAUUUGCUAACAAUUUCCCUCGACUUAUCUGUGAAGCGGAUAUUUUAAUACGGUCUGCUCUCAAUAGAAAAUAUCAAGGUAUGCUCAUGGUCUUCGCCUGGAUAGUGCUGGUGGGAUCGGCAAUUCUUUCGGCACGAUACCUCCGCGAUCAUUUCCCAUCUUCAGCUCCAUUUGGUCUGAAGUGGUGGUUCCACAUCCACAGAACCCUCAAUCUGACAGCGUUACUAUUGGUGUUGCUCUCGACCCUGCUCAUCUUCAUCGCAAAAGAUUGGACAUGGCAAGGUCCUAGUGUGAACAACUCGUCUACUGACAACUUCAGUCCAGGCAGUAUUCAUUCUCUGCUUGGUACCAUCGCUGUCCUGAUCCUUAUUCUGCAACCACUUCUGGCUCUGAUGCGAUGCCAGCCAGAUACCGGAGCUAGACCGAUCUUCAAUUGGACACAUCGGUCACUCGGAAUUACUGGAAUUUUCCUAGCAAUCAUAGCCAUACUGAUUGCAACCAAUUCGUUCGUCUCAUUAUGGGGAGAUUCGGCUUGGAGCUUUGGUGUGAUGAUCUUUUACAUCGUGAUCUUAGUUUUGGCUGUCGUCCUCUUUGAGCUUCUCACCUACAUGAAAAACAAAGCUCCAAAUAAAGCAGCUGCUAUGGAAAUGCGUAAUCGGUCUGCUCACCGGUAUGACGAUUCUGGACGAGUUAUCAGCAGUCCACCAAAAGUCAUCAAUACUAAGUCACUCUGGGGCAUCUUCGCCUUGUAUGUGGCUUUCGUGCUGUUCUCGAUCUGUGUGGCGGCCCUUCUGAUCGUGAUGUUGUCGGUCUGA